UCUGUUUCGCCAGUCGCAGGAAACACAGGAAUAGAAGCGGAGAUGAAACGAAAGAGCGCGCCAGAUCACGAGGUCCUCUCGGAGGUUCCCGGCAAAGCCCAGCGGCGGGCGAAGGAGUGGGAGGGCACGAAGGCGAGGGAGGCCGCAGAAUCGACGGAGAAGACACGGGAGACUCCGGGAGAAGACGAAAGUCUGGCUCACGCCGCGGCGGAGUCUUCUCCUUUCUCGACGAAGGAGGCUGGAGCCGUGGAGUGGGAUGGGGAGGCGGAGUUGGGUGGCGUGUCCGGGUGCUGGUGGUGGUGGUUGUGGUGGGGCGUGGACGAGGAGAAGCUCUCGGGUUGGUUCCCCUUCGCGGACGAGGACUUCCUCCGGUGCGAGGACAGGGGAGGCGGAGAGGCUGGGAGCCUCGUCCUGUGGGAGGAGGAAGACCAUGACAUCUGGGAGCUCCGGCGCAUCCACGAAGUCCCCAAUGCAGCCCGACAAUAGGGCAUUUUCUUUCCGGUUUAUGUGUUUCUUCCUCCGCACACAACGUAGAAUUUGAUACUCAGAAAUCAUGCAUUCUUCUUCGGUUGGUUGUGUAUGUUGUCCUCCUGCGUUGUGAGAAAGAUGUUGAUGGA